CUACUCUGGAGAGAGUGAGUUUCAGAAGAUAUCAGUGGUUAUGACGUCAUCUUACGGGCGAGCACUCCUCCUAGACAGAGUCAUGGUGAAGACAGAGCGGGACUCCUGGCUGUUUAACGAGAUGAUGGGCUUCCUCCCGCUGGGGAUGGUGAAUGAACCACGUGACGUGCUGAUAGUUGGAGGUGGAGACGGGGGUGUAGCAGGGGAGAUUCUCAAACACCCCACUGUGGAGAAUGUUGUUAUCAUAGAGCGGGAUCAGAGGGUGGUGGAUAUCAGUAUGAGGUAUUUUGAGGACAGUUCAGUGAGUAUCAGGGACUCUAGAGUAGAGGUUAUUGUAGGAGAUCCUCUGCUGGUGACUCAGAGAAGAGGCGAGAAGUUUGAUGUGAUAAUUGUGGACAUGUUCUCGGACAUGCGGAGUCCGGCCCAUAAAGUUGUGGCUGCCGAGCUGCUUCAUGGUCUACAGUACAUCCUCAAAACAGAAGGAGUGAUCUGUUACCAGCAACCCUCACCGCUGGUUAACGACACUGCGCUGCGCGAACAGAUGCGCAUGUUCCACAGGUACUACCCAUCAGUUGGUUACGCACUAAAUAUAGCACCUACCUUUCCACAAGGCAGUGUGGGGUACGCGCUGAUGUCACGUCAGGAAGGGGUGGAUUUCUCAGUUCCAAAACAAGGGUUCGGAGUGGAGGAAGCGCGGAAGCUGGGUCUGCGGUGCUACAACACAGAGGUACAUCAGGGUAGCUUCAUGUGUGUGCCGAGUAUAGUUAGGGACAUGGUUAGUGAGGGGCACCCUGAUACCCCCUCCACUGAGACCGCUCCUCCGGUCAGUGUCAACAAGAAACAUAUCUACAGUGUUCAGAGCAUGUCCACCAGACAGAAAUCUGUACGAGAUAAUUAG